AUGGCCGACAUGAACAAAGCAAGGAUUGAACCUAAUGGCCGUCCAGAUCUCGCAUCCGCCAUUCUCAGCUCUCUAGAUCCGAUCUUCAGCAUCCCGAUCUAUCUGAUGACAAUAUUCUCCCCCCACUAUCGACGUGUAUUUUCCGGUCAACCUUGGACCAAGAGGCUCCUGUCCACCGUGCUUGCCGCCGGCAUUAGUGUGCUGCUCUUUGUCCGACUACUUCGCCAAUUCUGGAGCCGGUUUUGCUGGGAUAUUAUUCUCUACUGGACGACAACGGAGGUCCACGUAAAUCUCAGUGACGAUCUAUACAUGGCGUUGUGGUGGCUCUCCCACAAGGAGAACUUGACUCGGAGAACCAACGAACAUCAUGUUGCCUCUAUCACAAGCAUGAUAAAUACGUCGCCUGAAGACCGCCUCCAUAUGGACCUGGCCAGCCGCGGCAGAAACGGCAGUCUCAUACUGCUGCCGGAAACGGUGAAUCAAGUAUUUCACUACAAGGGACGGAGCUUCUUUCUCCACCGCGUGAAAGACGAUGUCUGCAUAAUUCGUUGUCUGGGUGGGUCUCUUAAACCCAUUGAAGAUCUACUUGACGACGCGUACGAGGGUUGGAUGGCCGAGCUCGCUAGGUGCUCGAUCACUCUCUUUACCCCUAAGCAAGACACCGGCAACUGGAACGCCUCUGUGUCGGUGUCCGCCAGGAGCCUUGAAUCGGUUGAGAUAGGGUCUCAGGUCAAGAUGGCUCUCCUUGCCGACAUUGACGGAUACCUCAACGGCAAAGACUGGUACAGACAACGGUGCAUCCCGUGGCGAAGAGGCUACUUGUUCCACGGGCCACCGGGUACGGGUAAGAGCUCGUUGGUGACAGCACUUGCGGCGCAUUUCCAACUGUCAGUAUAUGCAAUUACUUUCUCGGACGGGCUCACGGACGGCAUCCUUCAACAAUUACUGCGCCGACUCAAUAAUACCAAAUGUAUUGUGCUUCUAGAAGAUAUCGACAGUGCUGGGUUGGCGAGAGAAGGUCAAGAUCUUGACAAGAUCGAGCCCUCCGGGAAGAUGGAGGAACAUUCCCGUCCUCCGGCACGCCCCAAGGGCCGUAAGAGGGGCCCGGUAACUCUUUCCGGCGUCUUGAAUGCGAUUGACGGUAUCGGUGCGCCAGAAGGCCAUAUUCUUAUAUUAACGAGUAACUACGCCGAACGGCUUGAACCUGCGUUGACCCGACCGGGCCGCGUCGAUUACCACUUGGAGUUUGGGUUGGCUACGAAGGAACAAGCUCAUGGCAUUUUCCUCCGGCUUCAGGCUCACAGCAACCGUUGUGAGGCACGGUCUGGACUGGAAGACUUAGCCAAAGCAUUUGCCGACAAAAUCCCCGAGAAAGUUCUGUCGCCUGCGGAAAUACAAGACUUUCUCCUGCAUCGUCGUGACGAUCUUCAGAAGGCAGUCGAUGAAGUUAAUGCUUGGGUUCAGGAAAUGGUCGCAGCCAAAGGAAGGCGGCAGGAAGGGUGUGUUGAGGCUGCCGGGGAGAAUGAUGAUCGGGAGAGUGAUGACGGCGAAGCACAUUCAUGA